AUGGAAGGUGGAGCUGGGAGGCCUUCAGCUAUAAGGCCGAUAAACAAGAGUGUCGUCCACCGGAUCUGUGCUGGGCAGGUUAUACUCGACCUCUCGUCCGCGGUGAAGGAGCUCGUGGAGAACAGCCUCGACGCGGGUGCCACCAGCAUCGAGAUCGCCCUGAAGGACUACGGGCAGGAAUCAUUGCAAGUUAUCGACAAUGGCUCCGGAAUUUCUCCCGAGAAUUUCAAAGUUCUAGCCCUGAAACACCACACGUCAAAGCUCUUGGAUUUUCCAGACCUUCAAGUGCUGACAACUUUCGGAUUCCGGGGUGAAGCAUUGAGCUCACUUUGUGCUUUAGGGGAAUUGACUGUGGAAACUCGAACAGUGAAUGAGGUGGUUGCAACACACCUGACAUAUGAUCGGACAGGAAUUCUGACAGCUGAGAGGAAGUCGGCACGCCAAGUUGGUACUACAGUUACCGUCAGGAAACUGUUCUCAACUUUACCUGUCCGGAGCAAAGAGUUCCAGCGAAAUAUCCGCAAGGAAUAUGGCAAACUAAUCAGCUUGUUGAAUGCAUAUGCUCUCAUUGCUAAAGGAGUUAGAAUAGUUUGCACCAACACAACGGGGAAAAAUGCACGGUCUGUAGUGUUGAAGACUCAGGGUAGUGGAUCCCUCAGGGAGAAUAUCGUCUCAGUGCUGGGUACGAGUACUUUUUCCUGCUUAGAGUCUGUAAAUCUAAGCUUAUCAGAUGGUUGUGUGGUUGAAGGCUUUGUUUCAAAGUCCGGAAAUGGAAGCGGGCGAAAUAUAGGGGAUCGGCAAUUCUUCUAUGUUAACGGCCGUCCAGUGGAUAUGCCCAAAGUUGGCAAGCUUGUGAACGAGUUGUACAGAGGCGCAAAUUCUAAACAAUAUCCUAUCGCCGUUAUGAACUUUUCUGUUCCAACUCGAGCAUAUGAUGUGAAUGUUACCCCUGACAAAAGGAAGAUAUUUUUCUCUGAUGAGAGUUUGAUUUUACAUUCUUUAAGAGAAGCUUUAGAGAAGAUUUAUUCAUCUAACCAGGUUAGUUAUUCAGUAAACAAAAUAGAUGAACUCAAUGAGGACACGCGCACACCCGAUAUUUAUUCUCCACAGGAGAAAUCUCAGAGGCUUGCGAAGCACUUAAUUCCGGACAAAAGUGUAGUACAUGAAAAGGAUGAGAAAGAUAAUAAUGGCAUUCUGGGGAUUGCGCAAGAUAACACAGGAGAUUCUUUUGGUGAGGAGUUGAUACAGAGAGAUGGGGAUUGUUCAGUGAUAAAAGAGUAUUCACUUGGAAUUCGUGGUAAUCUGAAGAACAAAUAUUCUGAAAGUCCUGAUGAGGAAAAUACAGAUUUAGUUUCAGACAAAACUUACAAAGAGGACAUUCUCCAGUCAAGGUCAUUCCAGAAGGGUGCUGUUAAUAGCAUUAGUCCACUUAGGCAUUCGAGUAGUGUACAGAUGUCACUUAACAAGUUUGUCACUGUAAAUAAAAGAAAACAUGAAUGUAUUGAAACUGCAUUGUCUGAGGUUCCAGUCCUUCGCAGUGGAUCUCAUAUGGGUAAAUUAAGAGAAAAUAACUCUUUGAAGUAUACUGCAUCUCCAAUAUCUCCAGACAACCGGGUUAUCUUUGAUGGUUCCAGUGAAAGCAGACGUAGUGAGUCUCAACCAGACAAAGUUUCUGGUAUCAAGAGUGUAUUUAGUGAAGCGGGUAUGAAAGUUCUCUUUCCUUGUGGCGACAGAAAGCAAAAUACAAGGGAUGAUGAAGAUGCAGAUGUUCUUUUUCCUUGUGCAGACAGAAAGCUAAGUGCAGCCACAGAGGAUAUCAGAUUGGGGGAGCAGAGAACUCCAGAGAGGGCACAGGAUGCCGAUUGUGGACCAACAGCUUCACUUAGAACAAACUCUCCACUUUCGAAAGGCCUUGCAGAUGGACAUACCCCUUGGCGACCUUCUGGUGUAUCUUUAGACUCUCCAGUGGCUUCUUCUGGUACAAAAGUUGGUUUUUCGUUGCAGUUCAGUUUCAAAGAUUUGAUGUCGAGAAGGAAGCAGAGGCUAUCAAGACUGGGGUACACUAGUAAUGCAUCUGGAAGGAUGAAGUUAGGGAGUGAGUUUGCUGCAGCAUCAUUGGAGCACUCACAAGUAGUAAAUGAAGAGGGGAAGACUAAAGCUUUAGCGGCUGCUACCAGUGAGCUGGAAAGGCUGUUUAAGAAGGAUGACUUUAAACAGAUGCAGGUGGUAGGACAAUUUAAUCUUGGAUUCAUCAUUGGCAAGUUAGAUCAGGAUCUUUUUAUAGUGGAUCAGCAUGCUGCAGAUGAAAAAUACAACUAUGAGCGCUUGUCGCAAACAACCAUUUUGAAUCAGCAACCUUUGCUUCGGCCACUAAAAAUGGAGCUUGCUCCAGAAGAAGAGAUAGUCGUCUCCAUGCACAUGGAUACCUUCAGGAAAAAUGGAUUUUUACUGGAGGAGGACAUACAAGCUCCUUCUGGACAUAGGUUUAUACUGAAAGCAGUUCCCUUCAGCAAAAAUAUAACAUUUGGAAUUGCAGAUAUUAAGGAGCUUAUUUAUAUUCUCAAUGAUAGUCAUGGAGAAUGCACCAUUAUUGGCAGUUACCGAACAGACAUGGCAGAUUCGGUUUGCGCGCCUAAAGUACGGGCCAUGCUGGCAUCACGUGCUUGCAGAUCAUCCGUUAUGAUUGGAGAUUCACUUGGGAGGAAUGAAAUGCAGAAGGUAAUAUUAGAACAUUUGGCUGUGCUCAAGUCUCCUUGGAACUGUCCACAUGGCAGGCCCACAAUGCGCCACUUGGUCGACUUAAGAACCGUUCGUAAGAGAGUUGAUGACGACGAUAUGGAGUUGUGA